GGUGCGAGUUGCGUUAAGAGUGAGCUGUUGUUUCGACGUAGUGACCGCUACGUCGACCUCGAACGUGCGGCGCGAAAAUUUUCCCGGUUACCGCGAGUCGUGUCCGUGACAGGUGAAAUCUUCGUCCUCGCGAGAGAGUCUCGUUUAAAUUCUGAUCGCGAACGUCGCGACAUCCGCGUGCGAAAGUGAUAAGCUCCGAGUGGUGCUCCAGUCUCCCUAAAAAAAACGUCGAGGGAAAUUAUGUUCGUCGCAGAAAAGUCUCUUCGCAGGUAGUAAUUUCAUCAACUCUACCACGCGCACAUCUUACUUCCCUAAAAUCAGUUAACAACACAGACAUCAGGAAGAGAGAAAACAAAUUGUGAAUAAGUAAGAAUCGGAUCGUAACAGCUCCAGGAAGGAUAGCUUUUGAUUGUGAUGUGGUGGAGCCCCCCGGCGGGCCGCGGGGGCAGGAGGUCAGAGGUAGAUCGGUUGUGAGGUCAACAAGCACGGCUCGAUUGUCCCGGGGUGAAAUCGCUGGUAGAGCGGAGGAGGAGAUAGAAUGGUGUGACCUCCGGCGUCAUCCCGCCCGACGCGGAGGUGGUGCUGGAGGUGGUGGAGGUGGCGGUGGAGUCGAGCAGCUGCUCGACUCAGAGGAGGAAGAGCCAACGGCGAUGUCGAGGCAGCUUCGUGGAGACCGUGACCACGUGAGCCGCGACUAUCAAGAAGGUUACCACACUGAUUAUCGGGAUCUGCGCGAACAUCUCAGGGAUUUCAGGGACUUCCAUCGAGACACCCUCGACGAAAGGGACGGUCAGGGACCCACCGCUAGUAGAACAUAUCGGGACGACUAUUCGGAAGAAUAUGAUCAUCGUUCUACCGCUGUUGUAUCCACCUCGGCGAAUCUUACCAACAAUCCGAGCCAGCUUCUGUACGAAGUUUCCUUUAAACUUGAAAGGAGGUCAAGCGUGUUACAGGACGAAACGAGAGUGUGUACAGCACAAGAUGAGAGUGAGAGACUGUGA